AAUGACAACUUCAACGUACUUCCCUCUGCCGGCACGGUGUCAUCGAACGCCCCAAGUCUACAUUACAGCCCCGAGUCCAGCACGCAAAAUCGCACCAGCGUUUCCUCCAACUGCUCACCCGACCCUCCGAAAAAGCGUGGUCGCAAGCGAAAGAUAGACAUCGAGCAUGAGCAGCGAGCACGAAAUGGCGAUUCUCAAGAGGACGGCGAGGAACCUGAGACGAAGACCUCGCACAACGUGAUUGAAAAACGCUACCGCAACAAUCUGAACGACAAGAUCGUGGCGCUGCGGAACUCCGUCCCGAGUUUGAGAGCCAUGGGCCGCGCAAACCGAGGAGACGACAAUGAAGAUCUCGAAGGCCUCACUCCGGCCCACAAGCUGAACAAGGCGACCGUCAUGGCGAAAGCCACCGAGUAUAUUCAUCAUCUGGAAAAGCGCAACAAGACCAUGGCGGAUGAAAUGGAGGUCCUCAAAGCCCGCCUCGCGUCCGUUGAGACGGCCAUUGGCAAGUCUCAGGAAAGGCAAGCCAGCAUUAGCAGCGCUGCUCCGGCCAUGAAUGCAAGACCUCGUAACGCGUCUUCGUCUUCUCAGGCCGGCGCUCCAAAUUUCCUGGCCCCGCCACAGGAGCAGACGAGGAUGAACCAACAGAUUGCCCAGCAACAGUACAUGCAGGCACAACAACAGCCCAACUACGCUCGCCAGCCCGCUCCUCCCGUCGAAGCACAGAAUCAGCCCCAACAACUCAACGCUCGACGCGGCGCUGGAGUCAUGAACAAGGUUAUGGUUGGCGCCAUGGCUGGACUGAUGGUCAUGGAGGGAGUCUCUGAAUCGCAGUACGGUGAUGACGGCUCCAACCGUGCUCUGUUCGCCAUCCCAACAGGGCUAUUCAAGCGUGGCGAAGGAGCUUUCAUGGAUGCGCCUGCAGCCAUUUCCAGACAAGCAGCUCUUCCAUUGCUCAAGACUGUGGUCGUGAUUGGCGCGCUGCUGUAUCUCCUCGUACCUCUACUCACUUUCUCGCCUCGUCGGAAGCAAAAGACACGUACAUCGGCCGUGCGUUUGCAGCAUUCCCCUUCACUCGCUUCGCCAAUCGAGGUCCGGCGCAAGGCCUGGCUCACAGCCAUUCAAUCUGUCUGGGUGCCGAAACACUUCCUCCUCGAAGUCGUCGCCGUCACGCUCAAGAUGAUCAGCCUCAGUCUCCGACGACUUAUCGGGUCUGAAGCUUUCAACAGCCUGACCGGCGCAAACAAGGAUGACGAAAUCGCGCGAAUCAAGGGAUGGGACAUCGCUAUCGAUGCUCAACUGGCCGGCGGAGAUCAGGAAGUCAGUUACUACCGUUUACUGCUAACGCUCAUGGAGAGCGGAACGCUGCCUGACAGCCCGAUGCGACUAAUGCAGAAAGCUGUGCAUUUCCGUGUCUUUUUCUGGGAGGUCGGCAACGCUGGGUACGGCAAUAUGAUCGGCUUCAAGCAGUUGACGGAGCGAGUUGGGAAGUUCUACUGGGAGUCUGCUCGACGGUUGCAUAAAGAAUUGGUUCACGUUACGACUCAAGGUCGUCCUGACUUGGAAGACGAAGUCGACGUCUUGCCCGACAACCUCGCCCGGCUGGUGGAACUCGAGUGUGAAGAUGUCCUCAGCGAUGAGAUGAUCCAACGUGCGUGGAACCUGGCGUGGAACAAACCCAGCGCCUACCGUACGGUCGUGAACACCGCAAGAGACGCUGUUGUGGAAGACCACGCUAUCCGUUCACCCCUCGACGCCGUCGCAGCUUGGUACGCCAACAUGACCGUCGACGACACCUUGGCCGAGUCGCUGAGCGACCACACCUCCUCUCUCGACACAGAGUAUUACAUCGGACUGGCAGUAUCCAUCGCGCCUCCCGCCUCCGCCACACUGGCGCGCGCCCUAGCCGCCAAAGCAAUCCUCUCAGCCACCAACCGCACAGCCAACAUCCUCGCCGCCCUUGACGCCCUCCCCACCACCGUCCCCUCCUCUACCUCCGGCGAGCUCAACGUCGUUACCCACGUCCCCGCCACCCCGGACGUCCGCACAGCCCUCACGCUCGCCAAACUCCUCUCCCUUUCGCACCACUCCUCCCCGCGCCUCGCGCGCUCCCGCGCCCUCUCCACCCUCGCAACCCUGCACUUCCCCCCCUCAUCCUUCACCCUCCUCACGGCAGUCGCUACGUUCCGUCUGCUCAGACUUCUCAGCGCCGAGACGACGCUGCUGUCCACUUCAUCGCCUGUGCAUGGGCUCGAGGAUCUGGCCGCCAGUCUGCGAAUCUGGGUUGGCACGUCGGCGGGACGGAUGGCGGGGUUGGAUCGCGAGGCUUGUGGUGCGCUGGUGGAGUUGUGUCUUGACGUUGCGAAGAGGAUGGGCGGGUGGGAUCGCGAUGGGAGGGAUAGUGGGUAUGGGAGUGGGAGUGGGAGUGGGAGUCCGGUC